AUGGCAAUGGAUGAUCUGAAUCCCAUUCAAAAAAGAAUCCUCCAACAACGUCAACCCCAAUCAUCAGUUGCUAACUUAUCAAGAGAUAGGUCUUUAAAAACACAACAAUUUUCACCACCUCCAACAAUACCAAUGUCAACCCCUCCUUUAUCGAGAACUUUUGUUUCCCCACAUAAUCCCACCAAUAUUCCCUCUCGUUCUCCAAUAAUAUCAUCUUCAGAAAGACAACCCAUGUGUAGUACCUUGCCCAUACCACCGGCAAACAACAUAAACUCUACUUCAAUUAAAAACAAAAGACGACAAAAAACUGUUCUAUUACCUGGUCAUAGUGCCUUAGAUUGGGCCGAUCUGCAAAUUGCUAAAAAUCCCAAAGGUCUGUUGGUCUUAUUUGCAUUGUUAAAUAUUCGAAAUUGGGAGCAGCUCAUAAAAGAUAAUUUGGUAUAUGAAACUAGCUUAAUUGCCUAUUUGCGUGAUCUACAAACAGAUUAUAAAAAGCUACUGCUUGCUAACGAUAUAUCUAACGAUGAUAUAUUGGAGCAGCUAUUUACAUUCCUUAGCACUAAUGGCAAAAAGUUUAUACCUGUUCUUCCUUGGACUUUGAAUCCCUUUUUAAAAAUUAGUAGGGAAGAAUUGAAACAGCAUGUUAGCCAACAUGAUUGUUGGUGUUCCAUAAAUGGUAAAGUUUAUUGUAUCUCCUCCUAUUUGAAUUUUCAUCCAGGUGGUGUUAACAUUUUAAUGAAAAAUUGUGCUGGUAAAGAUGCAACUGCUAUGUUUAAUAAAUAUCACAGAUGGGUCAGUUAUGAUAAAUUACUACAAGGUUGUUUUAUAGGCAUAUUGAAAUAA